AUCCUUUAACACGGAAAACCAAUCAUCUGACUACGCUCUGAAUUUUGGUGCGUGAAAACUGCACUGCCACGCAACGCAAAUCGGUCUUGGAAAGUUUAAUCGUCUUUUAUUAGUUUUGAACUUGUUGUAAGGCAUAAAUUGCAGGAUUAUAACUUUUGAGCUACUGUUCCUUGGUAGUUGACGCGAUUGUCGUAGGAAUUCCACUUCGUUAUGGCCCCGGUACCACAGGCUGAGCCAGUCCCUAAGCCAGCGGAUGAACCCGAAGGAGUACGGGGGAUUUUGCUUGGGCCGCCCGGCGCCGGCAAAGGCACACAGGGACCGAAGCUUGCAGAGCGUUUCUGCGUCUGUCAUCUAGCAACAGGCGACAUGCUGCGUGCAGUCAUAGCAUCAGGGUCAGACCUAGGUCAAGAGGUCAAGAAGGUCUAUGAUAGUGGGGCAUUGGUCAGCGAUGAGCUGGUAGUCAAGAUGAUUGACAGUAAACUGGACACACCAGAGUGUUCUAAUGGCUUCCUGCUGGAUGGAUUCCCAAGAAAUGUGGUCCAAGCAGAAAUGCUGGACAACCUUCUUGAGACCAGGAAGCAGCAGCUGGAUGCGGUGGUGGAGUUUAGCAUCGAUGAUUCGUUGCUCAUCAAGCGAAUCUGUGGUCGGCUGAUUCACAGAGCUAGCGGACGGAGUUACCAUGAGGAGUUCAACCCACCUAAAGUGCCUAUGAAGGAUGACGUUACCGGUGAGCCACUCAUGAAGCGUUCAGAUGACAACGAAGCGACGCUGGUAUCCCGCUUGGCGACCUACCACAAGCAGACGGCACCGCUGAUUGACUACUACAAGAAGAAGAACAUCUUGGAGAAAGUCGAUGCCUCACACGAGCCUAACACCGUCUUUGCAACCAUUCAGGCUCUCUUCACGAAAGCUACUUCCAAAGACAAAGUCAUGUUCUUAUAACUCAGAGCGGGACAACUUUGUCUUCAGAAUAAUCUAGAUUUAGUUCGAUCCAGUGACAUCUUGUUCUAAUAAAUGUACAGAUUUUAGCACUUUCUGCAAUUUAAUGAUCUUGGUUUCUUUGGAUAGUCUAUGAGCUGCAAUAGUCCAUGGUUUUCAUGAACAUUUCCAAGCUGUGUGUUGCUCCAGGGUCUGAUUCUACGAAACACUAAGACGUGUCUUAGGCAGGGUAACUCGUCUUAACUCGAAAGUCAUCCUAAGAUCGAUUUCACCAAACUUAAGACGCGUUCAACAUGUCCUAAUUUCCUUAGCAACGCGGCUGAACUUGUCUUAAGAUCUUAACUUAAGAUCGCUUUAGAAGCAGAUUUGAAAAGAAUUCGUGGGUAAUUUUAAUAAACAAUAGCUUAUUUAUAAAAUUUAAUUACACGCCAACACCUAGUCAACUUUUUAGAGUGAUGAAACGGGGAGCAAGAAUGACUCUAUCUUUGUUGUGCAGAACUAGUGUGUAAAAUUUAUUGAGUAGAGUAAUUUUUCUGGCGAAAGUUCGUGUUCUAUUUAUUUUGUCUGAAACGACUGUUUCGUCAAGCGGUAAAAACAAACAUGAAACAGCCAUCAACUGGGUAGUUUUGAUGCUUCUUGCUUAAGAUGAGUGAAGUGAAAUCGGUCUUCGGAUGCGUCUUAGCUAAGAUCGAUCUUAAGAGUGGGGACUCGUAUGAAUGGCUGCAGAUCUUACAUGCACUGUUUGUGUCUACACAUGUACAUUGAUCAACCUCAGUAAUAACUCAGGUAGAAUUCAAACGUACAUAAUACAGUUCAAAUCCUACCCAAGCUAUUUUCAGAUUUAUUUCAAACAAAACAGUAUAAGCACAAUAUAGCAGCCUCGAACUUUACAACUAUAUUAAUGCAAUUUCUUUAAAGUAUUAACAGUAACAAUGGAGUGUGGAGUUUGAUUUACUUUGAUGAUUUAUUUUGAUGAUUUAGUAUUCAGAUUGAAGUACAUGCAGUAUGCGGUGGGUUUCUGGGAGAGUUUUUUAAUCAUCCGUUAUCAGCUGAGAAAUAAAGUGUAUGAAAUCGACAACAAAUGAACCUGAAA